ACUCCCCAUGCGUCGUUUGCGUACGCAAACAAAUAGCAUGGCAGACCCUUGAAAAGCAUAUUUAAACUUUCAAAAUAUACUUCGAAUAGUCUAAAUAUUCAACUCGUUUCCAAGGAUUACGAGGUAUUUUUUUCUGCUUUGCAGCCGAUAUAAACGACAUGGUUAUGGAAUUAUGGCACGAGCUCCUGGGCACUUCUGCGCCGUCCCAUGUCUGCAUUCUGGCCUUGACAGUAUUCGUGGCCGUCUAUUGUCUAAUGCACACAUUUCGCAAACACCAGGAUUUCUCCAAUAUUCCUCCUGGUCCUAAACCAUGGCCAAUAGUUGGAAAUUUCGGCGGGUUUCUGGUUCCCAAUUUCAUCUGGAGGAGGUUUGGAGGCUGGGGAGAGAAGGACGUCCCAAUGUCAAAGACACGAGCUCUAAUUUCGCCUCAGGUUAUUAUCACGGAACAAGCUAAGGUUUACGGUAACAUCUACAGUAUGUGGGUAGGGAGUCAGCUGGUAGUAGUACUGAACGGAUAUGAAGUGGUCAGGGAUGCCCUCUCAAACCGGGCAGAUGUGUUCUCCGACAGACCAGAGAUUCCCACCGUUACCAUCAUGACAAAGCGGAAAGGCAUAGUUUUUGCACCUUAUGGACCAGUAUGGAGAAGGCAGCGCAAGUUCUGCCACACCACGCUGCGGAACUUUGGCCUGGGCAAGUUGAGCCUGGAGCCCUGUAUCCUUGAGGGGCUGACUGUGGUCAAAUCUGAGCUGCUGCGUCUCAGCGAGGAAGAUACUGAGGGUUCAGGAGUGGACCUGACCCCUCUGAUAACUAACUCUGUGUCCAACGUAAUCUCCUACAUCGCCCUGGGCCAGCGCUUCCACCACACUGACCGGGAGUUUGGCGCCCUGCUGGACCUGAUGGCCCGCGGCCUAGAGAUCAUUGCCAACAGCGCGGCGGUCCUCAUCAAUGUCUUCCCCCUGCUCUACUACCUGCCCUUCGGUGUCUUCAGAGAGGUACGGCAAGUGGAAAGGGACAUCACUGCCUUCCUGAAGCAGAUCAUCACCAGACACAGAGAGACGUUAGACCCAGCCAACCCCAGAGAUCUCAUAGACAUGUACCUGGUAGAGAUGCUGGCCCAGGAGGCCGCUGGGGAGACAGACAGUAGCUUCUCAGAGGACUAUCUAUUCUACAUCAUAGGAGACCUCUUCAUCGCUGGUACUGAUACCACCACCAACACAGUGCUGUGGAUGAUGCUCUACAUGGUCGUGUAUCCAGAUAUCCAAGAGAGGGUGCAGGCGGAGAUCGAUGCAGUGGUGGGCCCAGACAGGGUCCCGUCUCUCACUGAUAAAGGCAGCCUGCCGUUCACGGAGGCCACCAUCAUGGAGGUGCAGAGGAUGACUGUGGUGGUCCCCCUGGCCAUCCCUCACAUGGCCUCAGAGACCACAGAGUUCCGUGGCUAUACGAUCCCUAAGGGCACAGUGAUCAUCCCCAACCUGUGGUCUGUCCAUAGGGAUCCCACUGUGUGGGAGGAGCCAGACGACUUCAACCCCUCUCGUUUCCUAGACGACCAGGGGAAUCUCCUGAGGAAAGAGUGCUUCAUACCAUUCGGAAUAGGACGCAGGGUGUGUAUGGGCGAGCAGCUGGCUAAGAUGGAGCUUUUUCUGAUGUUCACCAGCCUACUACAGGCCUUCAGUUUCAGACUGCCAGAGGGGCUGGCCCCUCCUCCCAUGCACGGGCGCUUUGGCCUCACCCUGGCCCCCUGCUCAUACACUGUGACUGUGAGGCCCCGGCGGUGAGGCCACCAGACGAACAACAACCGCUGACACUGUAAUUAAGCCAUAAGGCACAAGAGGAAGUGGUGUAUCAUGAAUACAGUCACAGGUAAACGGCGCUAGUUGGCCCGAUGUGACAGCAUCAGCCAGUCAACCCAUUUGUCUGUAACUGUAUUCAUGAUACUGCCUCGUGCCUUAUUGCUUUUAUAAAACUGUUACUAAAAUAACAAUGAAUAACAUAUUUUAAUUAAAACAUUAUUUUGAUAAGUCAA